GUCCAGAAUUGUCUUUCAAUUGGGCAAUCUCAUAAGAUAUGCAGAGCAGUUUCCUCAAGUACCAGACAUAAAGGGCAUGAGGGUGAUAUAGAAAGCCCCCUGUCAGAUGGACUGCAGUAGGAAGCCGAUUAAAGGAAGACCGGCAACUUGUUCGCUGUUCCACAUGUAUUGCCGGUCUCAAUUUCCCCCUCUAGCCCUUGCUGAUUUAACGGGACCCACCCCAGACGGCCACAAAGGGGAAGUCGUCAGCAGCCAAAAAGGACAAAAACCACAACACCCGCCGGCCACGAUCGUCGCCGCCACCAUCCCCACCGGCCAUCCAACGAAGGACAGAAGACGCAGAGGAAGCAGGAGGCUUCGGCUGACGGAGGUGGCUCUAGUAGCCGCCGCAGCUCACUGCCAUGCGAGCCCAUUUCGGGUUUCUGAGGGGCAAGGCCGCAGGUUUCGUUCAUGAGUUCGAGGAAUUGAGUUUAUUUAUGGCGUGAAACCACUCGAAGUAUCUUAUUAGGACGUUUCGAAAGAAUGCACUUUUAGAUGGUUUUAGGUGGAGUCGGAUGAUGCUGAUUAAUAAGGAUGUACAGGCGAGUAGUACACAAGCUUUAUUUCAAAGAGUAUAUGAAAAGUCGGAUAGGUGGAUUGCUAAAUGUGAUGCUGUAUCACAGUGUUGAAGAACCCCAUGGAGCAGUUCUCCCUGCUGAAUGGUAUGAGAAGGCAUACCCAAAGAUGGUAAAACUGAGCCGUUUGUUGAAGGGCUUGGACGAAGUUGAUGGUAGGCUAAUGAAUAUCAAAGAUGAAUCGAUUGUUGUCGAUGAUCUCACUGUGUGCAAGAUGAAUGCAUUCAAAUCUCUCGUCAGGGCCUUCAUUGGGUCUCCAUCAAUCCAGCAAAAACUGAAGAGAAGCUCCAUGGCCUCCUCUGUGGUAUCUAGUUCUGCUUCCUCUGUUUGUUUCAGUCAAUUAAGUGAAAACCAGCCCGUUAUUAUAAACUCUCUGACCCAAGUAAGUGAUCUUCUCAGACUUUCAGCUCAACAGAGGAAAUUGGUGAAACAAAAAAUUAGCCCUCAGGUCACACAGCAAAAAAUAUGGACGGGCGCAAUCAUGGAGAUACUAAACGGAUUAAAGUAUGAUUUAGACUAUUUCAAUCGCCAAUGUUCCAACAGAGCUACUAGCUUGGGCCAGCAGAUUGUUUCUUCGUGUGUAAAGUUCUUGGACAAGACUGUUAUUUCCUCUGACCCUGACUCCCCUUCGUGGAUGAAACUCGGACCAACAAAGAGUCUAGAGGCACCUAACUUGUAUAAGUGGGAGGAUGUCCUUGAGAUGUUCAAUGACCUGAUCAAGUGCUUGGGCGAAGAGAAGGGACUUUUGCUCCAUGUUAGAAAGCUCAACGAGAUGAAGGAAGGGUUGUAUCAGAUCAAGGAUGUCUCAGUAGACAGAAAUAUUGGAUACAGAGACUCUCGGCACCAGGAAAUCCUACUGCAAAAGAAGCUCUCAAAGGCAUUGGGCCACUCAUCUCCUUGCCUGUUUACCCUUCUAUUCUACUAUCUCUAUGGGCGUGUUGGAAGUACUGGGGUCGAUCUUUGUGGAGGAAUUCUUGGGCCCACUGAUGGGAGUAGUGUUUGCCUGCAUAUGGGGAAAAUAUUAACAUCGGAAGAGGCAGCUAACCUUUGGAGUGGAGUCAAGCAGUUGGAUAAAAUGCUUGGGCUCUUCAAGUUUGUCUGGGAAACAGCGGGAAUGAAGGGAAGUUUGGAGCUUCAAGGACAUCUAUGGUGUGUGGGAGCUGAGGACAAGACAUUAACUUACCGAGGUAAUACCUAUAUUUUACAUGGAAUUAGGCAUUAACAACUUCUCAGGGAGAUAAAGGACCAUUUGAAUACAGCUUUGGAGGUCAAACAAGUGUUCCAAGGGAAUUGUCUUCAGUUAUCCAAUUAGAAUGGAAAAUUAUAUUCUCGGUGUCUAUGUUUGGAGCCUCCUUAUUCUCGAGUUUUCCCCAAAAAGAAAACUGUUUUACAGAAAACUGAAUAUUGAUCUCUGCUUUUCUUGUUAUCUGCCCUAACUGGAUUAAUAUAAUAGAUAUUUCAUGUGA